AUGACCCGAUCGCUAUAUUACCUCUUUUCAAGAAAACAGCGUCAACAGAUUGGUUCAAAGCAAUUCCAAGAAAAAGAAUCUUUUAAAAUAAACUUGAAUCUGAUGAAUGUAAACAAAAUUGAAGAGAAGCAGCCACCAGUAGAGUCUAAUAAAAUAAAAGUUGUCCUGAGCAAGAACGAAGAUAAAAAUGACAUCCAACAAUCACAACAGCAAAAUGCUGAGCAGAAUGCUACCAUCCCAUCAGCAAAUUCACACAUGAACGAUUCUCUCCUUCCAGUUCUCUCUCUUCCUUCUCCUGUUCAACAGCAGCAGCAGCAAGAUCAUCUCAGAAAGAGAAAUGCAGAGCAUAGUUCAUCGUCCUCUCACACAUCUCAUUCUAGAAAUCGUUUGCAGAUGGACAGAAAGUUGCAUGAGAGAUUCAACAAAACCAGCAACAUCAGACACAAAAUCUACUGGAACACCAGAAACAGCAACAACAACAUCAGGAGCAACAACAACACAAGAAACAAGACCGACGUCAACCACAUCCGAACCAACAACCCAACACUCCAGAAAAGGGAGGCGAAUAACAUUCAACAAAUGAAAUGA